UCUUCCAAAAUUAAAUUCUUCACCAUUCACAUUUCACAUUCUUUGUUCACACUCCCAAACUUCGCCACCUUUUAAUCCUUUCUUUCACAUGGAAAUUGGGUCAGCACCUCCAAUUCUUACCCUCGAAGAUUACUCUUACUUGUUCCCCGAUAUGGACUCUAAUUUUCUCUCUCUCAACAAAAAACGUCACAGGAACGAACAAGACGAAGAAGAAGAAGAAGGAGAAGGAAGGAUUAAUAUUAAUAAUAAUAUUAAUAUUAUUAAUAAUAGUACCGGUUCUUCACUUAACGAUUUACUCUCGUCCCUAAUUCACUUUGAUAACAAGGAAGUGAUGGAUCCAGAAGAAAUGAAGCCAACGAUUCCGUUCAAUCCUAAUCAUCAUAACUACUUCGCAACAGCGUCGCAAUUCCAAGGUCAAUUCAACGAAUUCAAGCUUGAAGUUGAAGGAUUGGAAAAUGAUUAUUCUGGUUCACCAACGAAGAAGGCUCGGCGAUCUGCGAAUUCUCCGGAUAAUAAUAAUCAGGUGCAGGCGAGUGCAGGGUCGAGUUCCAUGGGGCCGCAGCGGAGGCUAUGGGUUAAGGACCGGUCCAAGGACUGGUGGGAGCGAUGCAGCCACCCGGAUUUUCCAGAAGAAGAGUUCCGAAGAUCGUUCCGUAUGAGCAAAGGAACGUUCGAGAUGAUUUGCAGAGAGUUAGAUUCCGCGGUUACGAAGAAGAACACCAUGCUUCGCGACGCGAUUCCCGUUCGCCAGCGCGUGGCCGUCUGCAUUUGGCGGCUCGCCACCGGUGACCCGCUCCGACUGGUGUCGAAGCGGUUCGGACUCGGGAUAUCCACGUGUCAUAAGCUUGUUCUUGAGGUUUGUUCUGCCAUUAAAACGGUUCUGAUGCCUAAGUUCCUUCAUUGGCCUGAUGAGUCUGUUAUGAAGAAGAACAAGGAAGAAUUCGAAUCGGUUUUUGGGAUCCCUGAUGUUGGUGGAUCAAUGUACACUACACAUGUUCCGAUCAUUGCUCCAAAGACUAAUGUAGCUGCUUACUUCAACAAGCGCCAUACGGAGAGGAACCAGAAGACUUCUUACUCCAUAACCGUCCAAGGAGUGGUUGAUCCAAGAGGAGUCUUCACUGACGUGUGUAUUGGUUGGCCUGGUUCAAUGCCUGAUGAUCAAGUUCUUGAAAAAUCUGCAUUGUUUCAGAGAGCUAGCAAGGGAAGCUUGAAGGAUGUUUGGGUUGUUGGAAACUCUGGACAUCCUCUCAUGGAUUGGAUCUUGGUACCUUACACUCACCAGAAUCUAACUUGGACUCAGCAUGCUUUCAAUGAGAAGAUUGGAGACAUACAAAAGGUAGCUAAGGGUGCAUUCUCCAGGCUUAAGGGUAGGUGGUCUUGUCUUCAGAAGAGGACUGAAGUGAAGCUUCAGGAUUUACCUGUUGUUCUUGGUGCUUGUUGUGUUCUUCACAAUAUAUGUGAGAUGAGGAAUGAGGAGAUGGAUCCUGAUUGGAGUUUUGAUCUCUUUGAUGAUGAGAUGGUGGCAGAGAAUGGUGUUAGGUCUGCUGCUUCAGUGCAGGCUAGGGAUCAGAUUGCUCACUAUCUGUUACACCAUGGCCGGGCAGGCACCACUUUCUUGUAGAAGCUUUCUUUGUUUAUCAUCAUUUCUAGUUGUUUUCUCUAGAUUAUUGCUGAUUCUUUUGGCUAUGUUUUGUUAUAGUCACAUUUGGGAAUAAAUAAAAAAGGUUGUAAUAUUGUAAUGUUGUAGCACUAUGUAUAGGCCCAACCAAUAUAUAAAAAGAAAAAGAAAAGUUUGGAUACUGAA